AUGGCCCCGAAGGGCGGAAACGCAAAGAAAGAGAGCGGAAGAGCAAAGAAGGCUGAGAAUGAGUCGAAGAAGCAGGAGGCUGCUGCUGCCGAACGUGAGCGGAAAGAAGCCGAGAAAUGGGCUGACAACGACGUAAAAGGAAGCAAGGCUAAACGCGAGGCGCAAGAAGAAAAGCGCAAGGCCGAUCUUGCACGCAAAGCUGAGAACGCACGGCUGCUUGCCGAGGAGGAGGCCGCUGCUGCCGCAAGCAAGCCCAAAGCUCCCGGGCCUAAGAAGAGCGGCAAAGCUGCUGCGAAGGACGUCAAGCCCGCAGGCCCUGGUGCCAUCGCUGCUGGCGGUGGACUUGGUGCCGCUGGCGAUGUGGUAGCGGGAGGUGGGAAAGACGAGCCGCAGGAGGUUGAGAGCUAUGCUGCGACGGGCAUUGAUAAUGCCUUGGAUUUGUUGGAACUGGUGACGGCGAAGAUGGACAAGGCGAGCGUUGGGCAGCAGGCAGCGAAAAUCGAGCAGCAUCCCGAGCGACGAUUCAAGGCCGCUCUCGAAGCGUAUCAAGAACGCGAAUUACCAAACGUCAAGAUCGACCACCCGGGCCUGCGACUACAACAGUAUAAGGAUCUUCUGUACAAACAGUUCCAAAAAUCGCCCGAGAAUCCAUUCAACCAGGUGACGGUCUCGUAUGACGCGUCGAAGGAGGCGAAAGUCGAAGCGCUUAAAGGGAAGAAGGCUGAGGUCGAGCAGCGUCUCCGCGAGAAGUAG